AUGGCACAUUCGCAAUACGAAAAACACUACCGAGAUGCCAAAACCGCCAUAGAUGCUGGAAACAACGACGCGGGUCUUGCUGCCUGCGAAGCUCUUCUGGCGGACACCGAUCUCCCUCGCUACUACCGUAUCAAAACACUUAUUCUUCUAGCUUCAGCAAACAAAGAAUGGCGCCAGAAAGAGGUAUGCAGAGAAACCAUCUUUCGUCAAAACACAACAACAGAUGUUGUACUAGCAGAGCUGCGAGAAUCACUGGAUGAACUCAAGACAGAACAACAAAAGACCAUGCCGCAAGACUAUCAAGAUGAACUAUCUGCUGCGCUGGCUGAGACGGAGAUUGAGGACCUGGCUGAUAUCGCUGACGGAGAGAUCGAGACGCUAGCUGAUGAGGAGUAUGCUCGGGACCAGCGUGCUAGCGAUCAGCCACUGGUCGGCCAUACGCCAUCUACUGUUGUGGAUACUGAAACAGCAGAACAAGAGAUACCAACUUCGUCACCGAAUUCUUCGUUCGCGCCUGCGUCUUCACUCAAGGCCUCGCAGGACAUCUUGGCUCAUCAUGUGCGCGAUGGUCAGACCGCCGGCUCGAUGAUGGUGCAUCGUACUCGUGGUGUCGGAAGACGCUCUUCUUGA